AUUCGACCGCCAGAUAGUGAGCUAUGAGAAAGUGAGAAGAUCCUCGGCCAAGGUGAUUUCCUAUCAAACUGUGUCGCGACGCAAUUGUUUCGUGCGGGCCAAUGACAUAACCGUGGCACAAUAUCGCUGGGGCUCGACACAAUUCUUAAGCCCCGCGCACCGUCCAACCUGCACCACAGGGUACUACCGAAAUAAAAUCGUCUCGGUACUUUCAUUAUCAAAAGUUACUGAGCAGAGGCAGUACCUACCGUUAAGACGAAGUCAUGUCUUUGAUCCAAACGCGAUUUUCACGAGUGGUACUCGCGGUACUACUCCUGCUGAGCGGUACCGCCGCUAGUACCGUCAAGUCAACGCGUAGCGGUGGGUUCCCCAAGUUUCCCGCUUCUGCCUGUGGUGCCAGAGCCAUUUCCUGGAUGCCUGAGAGGGAACCGAGGGUUGUUGGUGGUGAGGUACCACCGUAUGGGGCGGUACCUUGGCAGGUGGAGCUCAGACGUGGUGAUCAACAUCAGUGCGGUGGUGCGCUCAUUUCUAAUCGAUUGGUUUUGACUGCUGCACAUUGCUACGAGGAGGGUCUUACUGCUGUUGGUGGUGCUCAUGGUAUUACUGGUACUUCGCCCUUCGAGCAGUUGGUGCCCGUUGAAAGGGGUAUUUUGCACCCCAAUUUUAGGCAGUUGGGUCCUUACAGUCAUGAUAUUGCCGUUUUGCUUUUGGCUAAGCCAGGGAUGAACAUCAACCUAGCCGUGACCCCAGCCUGCUUCUCCCAUGACUCCCCACCCCCUGGCACCUGGUGUGAGGUCUCAGGAUGGGGUGCCAGCGACCCCAAAACGCCCGAUCAGCUUUCUCCUGUUCUGCGUUCAGCUGCCGUCCCACUUUUAUCUCUGGAGACAUGUCGCAAGGAGGGAAUUUACGGAGGCCGCCAACAACCCAUUCUCGAUUCUAUGCUCUGCGCGGGACACCUAAGGGGUGGCAUAGACGCGUGCGGAGGCGAUUCUGGAGGUCCCCUAGUAUGUGAACGUUACGGCAGAUACGAACUAAUAGGCAUUGUAUCCUGGGGAGAUGGCUGUGCCAAGAAAGACAGACCUGGAGUUUACACCAGAGUGGCAAGUUUCGCACCGUGGAUAAAAAGUUGCGCACAGAAGUUCGGAGUAGACCUUCAAUUGUAGAAGAUAAGCCGAUUCUGUGUCUGUUGUGAGCACGGAGGUAUAAAAUAGUCUAUGCAAGGGGUACAUAGAAGGUCCGUUGGCAGCUGCAGUUCUGAGAAUUCAAUUGUACCCUCUAUGCUUCGUCAUAAAAAUGUGUAAUGUUCUUUAUACGAAUGCAGAUAAAAACGUUUGGAAGUUUCCAAAGUUGGAUUAUUACCUCAUAUGAGCAGUGUAAUAGUUGAAUAUGCCAAAAUAUCAAUAUUCAACAAUCAUUUUUUUGUGGAAGAAAAAUUGAAUAUUCUUUUAAUCAGAAAUAUGUAUAUGAGCACUACUUAUAUAAAUUUGAUGCAAUUUUUUUAUAAUAACGUAUAGCUCAUUAAUAAUAAUUUUUGAAUUCCUUAAAUUAUUUGUUAUUACUAUUAAGACAUUAAAAGUAAGACAAAUCAUCGGACUGUGAUAUAGAAUUUUAGACAUAAAUUUCUCAUUAUUAUAUUCCUUAUGAAAUAUAGAUUAACAAUGCUUUCAUUUUCAAUAUGAGUAUGAAUUUUUCUAUUUCAUAGAAAUAAAGAAAUUCAUAAUUAUUAUUUAAUAUUUAUCUAUUGGUCAGAUCUUUGAUAUAUGUUUAAAUAAUCUGUAUAUUUGAAAAUCGUUUUUAUGAAAAUAAAAAUGUAAUGAUUAAUGGUAGCUUGAACUAUAUAAUGAAUGAGAUAAAUAUAAUAGUUAUGCAUUUACUC